AUGGCCAAAAUCACCAAGCGAGGAAGGACGGUCAUAACUUGCAUCGUGCUCCUGUACGUUGUUCUGUCGUUUCGGUUGAACAGCUGGAAAGUGCACUCGGGGUUUUACAAAGGCUUCAAAACGCUUUUACCAACAACAUCCGACGUCAAGAACGUCAACUUCAAGCAAUUCCAAGCCGAAAAUCUGAGAGAAGCCUCGGUCACCAGCUUGAGAUCGCAACUGGCGCUUCAGUUUCCAUACGAUACGUCUGAGCCUAUCCCGAAGAGAGUAUGGCAAACCUGGAAGUAUCCUUUGGACUCUCCCAAAAUGAAAGCAGAGUUCCGCAUGCUUGCCGGUCGCUGGAAAGACGCGGUAGGCGAAGCACCACUUUACGAAUAUGCAUUGAUUUCAGACGACCAUAUGAUGCCGCUUCUGCGUAAUCUGUACGGCGCCGUUCCACAGGUUAUUCAAGCAUUUGAAUCCCUGCCAUUACCCAUUCUAAAGGCAGAUUUCUUUCGGUAUCUUAUCCUAUACGCUAGAGGUGGCAUUUACUCUGAUAUUGACACAUACCCUCUCAAGCCACUUGAUUCGUGGCCGUCUAUCUCUAGCAUCGGCGACUCCAAAAUUGAUUCCGCAAUCCAGUACAAAGGUCUGCGAUCGGUAAGUGAGUCUACGGUUCGAGAACUUGGCUUUGUUGCUGGAAUUGAAGCGGACCCAGAUAGAGUUGAUUGGAACGAGUGGUAUGCGCGUAGAAUUCAAUUUUGCCAGUGGACCAUUAAAUCAAAACCUGGCCAUCCACUUUUGAGAGAACUGAUCAUAAAUAUUACGGCAACUACGCUAGCAAGCACCAACGUCAAAAGCAGCAUUGAAGCACCUGAAUUCAUCAUCGACGAAGACCACAGGAGUGAUUACUUGAUAAAUUGUCGUGACAAGAGAAGAUUUGAUGAUGAUUUCCCGGCCGAUCAAAAGAAGACGUCUAAAAAUGUCGACGGUACUGAUACCAUGAACUGGACAGGACCCGGUAUAUUUUCUGACGCCGUGUUUGAAUACCUCAACAACCUUAUUCAAACAAAUCUCGACAUCUCAAUAAUCAACAACAAUAUGAAGGCUAGUCAUGAGUCUGGCACACAAAAAUUUUACCGUAAGAUAACUGAGGGCCUCGAGUCGAGCGCCACCUUUGUCAAGGAAUUUUUUACACUGAUAGAAGAGCCCGUUGUUGUGGACGACGUAAUGAUCUUACCAAUUACUAGCUUUUCACCUGGCGUCAAUAAUAUGAAUGCAAAAUCGGACGAUGAUGAGAUGGCGUUUGUCAAACAUCAGUUCACGGGGUCUUGGAAGGGAAAAGAACCUAAAAAGAAAAAGCCACCAGUAAACAAACAGCCGCCUGUUGGAAAGUAG